AUGCGGAGGACGUUGCUCAUUCUCCUUGCUUCCGUCGCCCUCUCUGCUGAUAUCUGCUCUGGCUUUGUAUCGACUCCACGUUUCGGCCUGAGUCCGCAAGUGAGUCAGUCGGGGAGAUGCGCCAGCCUUGCUGCUACCAAGACCAAGAAGAAGGACAGUAAGCCCGCAUCAGGCGGGUUCGGCAAAGCUGCCAAGUCAGCGACGACAACGAUUGACCCUGCGAUUCUUUCAAGGUAUGUCGUCAGCAUCCGGAUGCCCAAAGCUGGCACCCUCCCUGCAGGUUACGAGCAGUUGAGCGAUUGGGUCCCGACAGCAGUCAUGGCAAUCCGAUGGGUCGGAGACUCCCUUGAAGGAAAUCCCAUCCUCCAGGGAAUGGCGGAUGCAAACCUGAUCGCUCCUCUUGUUGUGAAGAAGAUGUGUCGAGAGAUCUGGGAGUGUGCUUGUCAGGGAUCUCCCAGUCUCCGAAGACUUCCAAGGAACUUCAUUGAGUAUGCCUACGAGCCCCUUGAUAACUUUGGAGACGUAAUGGAAGAAGUCAACAGCAAGAAAGACGAUGUGCAACGCGCCUACCAGACACUGGGAUUGGCAAAGGGAGCCUCUGCUGCUGAGGUCAAAGCGGCUCAUCGGAAGCUCAUCGUCACCUUACAUCCUGACCGAACAUCGUCUCUGCCUGAUGACGAGAAGUUGGCCGCCGAAGAGAGGUUCCGUCAAGUACAGUCUGCCUACGAGUGUCUAGGAGGAGGAAUGGGAGACAGCACACAAAGCUGGUAUGAGAACUUGGGAGGAAAGGCGAGGAAAGAUUUCUGUGGCCCCGUCCAGUUUGCCAAUGUUCCGUCCGAAGACCUUCUGGAGUUUUGGGACUUUGCUGUCUGCCCUCUGGAGACCGAGAUCUCACAGAACUUCAUCAUGCGCAACAUGAUGAGGAAAGAAUGA